AUGAUGGACGCGACCGAUCAGCCCCUGGCCUCAGAGCCGCCGGCACAAUUGAGCAAGAUCCCCAUCGCCCAGCUCUCUCCGACCCUCGAUCAACUGGAACACAAAUGUAUCUAUGCAGCUGUGACGCUCGUCUGGCCGUACUCAUCCUCCACCAAGUCGCUCAGUCUGCUGCUAGCGGAGCCGGAUUUCCGCCUACGACGUUCGAACGGGCAGGUGAAGGUCACAUUUCACGGUCGAGUCGCAGAGAGGGUCGCGGAGUCGGCGGUGGGAAUCGGUGACGAAGUCCGUUUGGCUCUGAAGUACUCGCGCCUGGUUUCAAAUGAUGCUGCUCAGCAGACUCCGGGGAGGUUCGUUGCCUGGGAUGCAUAUUUCGAUAAUGGCGUGUCUCUUGAGGUAUCACGUGUCCCACGCGAAACGACAAAGUAA